AUGAAUAGCCUUUCCCACUUGUUAAACAAAGCAGCUACGGAGAAUAAACUUGGGUUCCAUUCACAUUGCAAGAAAACAAAACUUACCCAUUUAUCCUUUGCAGAUGAUCUCCUUAUCUUCAUAGAUGGUUCCAUUGAGUCUGUGCAAUGCGUCUUGCAAGUGCUCAAGGACUUUGAAAUCCGCUCGGGCCCGGCUAUCAGCAUGCAGAAGACAAGUUUCUUUGCCUCAGGACUCACAGAUGAUGAAAUCAACCGGAUUCAAGUAUCUACUGGAAUGUCAUGUGGAAGUUUACCUUUUCGAUACUUGGGGGUUCCUCUCAACUCCAGAAAGCUGUCCCUCUCCAACUGUAAUGUUCUGCUGCAGCAAAUGAAGUCCAAAUUCUCCUCCUGGUCUAUAAAAACGCUGUCAUUCUCUGGUAGGACAGGGAGGUUUUGGACAGACAACUGGAGUCCCUAUGGAUGCCUUGAAACUUUCCUUGAUGCUGGUACUACAAGACUAGGCAUCCCGACAAGUGCGACUAUCGCCUCUCUGUAUCGUAAUGGGUCAUGGCGCAUCCCUUCAGCAAGGUCGGUUUUUUUUACGACAAUCAAUCUCACUGAAGAUCCAGACUUUUAUGAGUGGCACAUAAAUGGGAAAACUAGUUUAAAAUUCAAGACGUCGGUAAAUGUUCAAUGGGCGUCGGUUGCUUGGCCUUCAAGGGGGAUUCCGAGACAUAGUUUUCAUUGCUGGCUUGUGAUCAAAGAUCGCCUCCCGACAAGAGAUCGGCUCCUAUGUCUUCUUUGCAACACAAGAACUGAAUCACGCUCUCAGUUAUUCUGGGACUGCAAUUUCUCCUUCGAUUUAUGGUCUAUUGUCUCACGAAGAUGUGGGCUCCAUUCGCAGCGAUCUUGGGAGGAUUCCCUGCAACAGAUGGUCUCUCUCUCCUCUACUCGAUCUUCUCGUCUUCUCACUAUCUGGGCUUGGCAAGCGGCCAUUUACUGGCUUUGGAAUGAAAGGAACGCUCGACUGCAUGCAAACACCUUCAGAGCGGUUGAUACUCUCUUCAUGAUCAUUGAUCGUCAGUUAAGGAAUAAGAUCUUCAGCUUCAGAGACUCUUAA